CUCGGGCGUGGACGGGGCGGGCGCCGGGUGGGGCGCGCGUCCUCGCGGGUCUGAAUGGAAGGGUCGAGGUCGGCGGCGGCGGCGAGCGGCUCCUGAAGCCAGAACUCCACCCCGGCGCCCGCGCCAUGCGGCGGGAGAGGUGCGGCGCCCCCCGCCCGCGUCGCCGCCAUGGAGGUGCUGCGGCGCUCCUCCGUCUUCGCCGCCGAGAUCAUGGACGCCUUUGACCGCUCGCCCACCGACAAGGAGCUGGUGGCCCAGGCCAAGGCGCUCGGCAGGGAGUACGUGCACGCGCGGCUACUGCGCGCCGGCCUCUCCUGGAGCGCGCCCGAGCGCGCCGCGCCGUUCCCGGGGCGCCUGGCCGAGGUGUGCGCGGUGCUGCUGCGCCUGGGGGAUGAGCUGGAGAUGAUCCGACCCAGCGUUUACCGCAACGUGGCGCGCCAGCUGCACAUCUCCCUACAGUCCGAGCCUGUGGUGACCGAUGCAUUCUUGGCCGUGGCCGGCCACAUCUUCUCUGCAGGCAUCACAUGGGGCAAGGUGGUGUCCUUGUAUGCGGUGGCCGCAGGGCUGGCCGUGGACUGCGUGAGGCAGGCCCAGCCUGCCAUGGUCCACGCCCUUGUUGACUGCCUGGGAGAGUUUGUGCGCAAGACCCUGGCCACCUGGCUGCGGAGGCGCGGUGGAUGGACUGAUGUCCUCAAGUGUGUGGUCAACACGGACCCUGGCCUCCGCUCCCACUGGCUGCUCGCCGCACUCUGCAGCUUUGGCCGCUUCCUGAAGGCUGCCUUCUUCGUGCUCCUGCCAGAGAGAUGAGCUGCCCACCUGGGAGCUCAUCUGGGCCUGCAGCCUGGCCCUCUGGGCCUGACACAGGAGGCCCUCAGCACCGAACACAUCUCCCUCCUCCCCACCUGAGCCUGGAGCACUCUAAUCCUUGGAGACCCUCCGCAAGCCCUGUUCCUUCGCAGACCCAAGCCCUCUGGAAGGGGUGAGCAGGGAGGGGCUUCCCUGAGCCUGGGAGCUGGGCUUUGGGCCACCCUGCCACCCUCCCUGCUGGUGCCCCUUUUCCUGGGACCUCUGUCUUCCUUUUUCUUUCUGGGUCCAGGAAGGUCAGGGUCAACGCCCAGGCCCCCGAUGAAGGGGCUGGGAACACCCUGCUCUCACCUGAUGCGCGGGAUCCCAUCCCAAGAAGAGGGGCUGUCUCAGGACAUGAGUCCUCAGGGGCCCCACACAUUCAGUCUGAAGGUGACUGUGGCCUGGACAAAGCUGGAAGAGCCGUGGGGACUCAGAGCGUAAGGCUCGUAUGCUGGUUGCUUAAUCCGAUUCUCGAGGAAGCGUAUGUCCCCGACCUGUGACAGGGUCCUUGUGUGGUGGGGACCGGGGCCAGCAGGCUCCAGGCCAGCACACCUGACCACUGGAUGUGGAACCUAUGGCCGAGAAGGAACAUUGCAUGAGUCUGCUCCCAGUCCAGGUUCACGUCAGUCAAGGGUGAGGGUGACCCCCCCUGCUGUUUUUGUGCCCAUCCUUUUACAGUCAUUUGGGGAUGUGCCUGUUAUAUCUGGGACCCUAGCCCCAGGGUGCACUUGAAGCCCAAGCCGCCCACAGGCAGCCUCCCUUGAUGCCUACAUUUCUGGGCACCUGUGAGGCAUCUUUCUGGGAGUCCUGAGCCAGCCCAUCCUGCUCCAGAGAAGCACAGCGCUCAGGAGAUAGCACAGGCUGGACGUGAGGCCGUCCUUCGGGGAGGCCUGGCCUAGCAGCCUGCCCUCCACACACUGCCCACCUGAGCCCUCCAUGCCAGGCUUCCUGCUGGGGUGGGCCACGUGCCAGGACAAGAGGCCCCUGCAGAAAGCCAGCCCUGGACUCCUGGCAUUCAGGCCCCACCGGAGGGCACGGGGUGGUGAUGCACUUCUCCAAACAGUUGUCUCAUUUCAGACAAAGUCACUCUGCCUAAAAUAGUCAAAGGUAUGGAGGGUUUGCUUGAAAAUAAUGGGGGCUGGGGGAGUGGCGAGAGGGUGGGGAUGGGAGGCUUCUUGGAAUUGGUUCUUUAUCCCGAUUAGACUUAAAGGCACUAAUGCCGAUUUCAGGUAGUAAAACACCAGUAGUCCAUGGUGUGACGUGGUAAUAGAGAUAUGCAGAGUGUCACCCUGGAUGCUCCUUAUUACUUACAGAAGACAGGGUUCUGGGUGGCUUUACAACACAGGUCAAACUAGAGUACAAUGGGGCCAGGUAUAGUAUCUCACACCUGUAAUCCCAGCACUUUGGGAGGCAGGAUGGUGGCUUGAAGCCAGGAGUUCGAGACCAGCCUGGGCAAUAUAACAAGAUCCCAUCUCUACAAAAAUAAAAUUAGUCAAGCAUGAUGGAUUGCACCUGUGGCCCCAGCUACUCUGGAGGCUGAGGUGGGAGGAUUGCUUGAAUCUGAGAAGUUGAGGCUGCACUUAGCUGUGAUUGUGCCACUGUACUCCAGCCUGGGUACCUGAGACCCUGUCUCAAAAAAAAAAAAAAAGGCUGGGUGUGGUGGCUCCUGACUGUAAUCCCAGCACUUGAGGAAGCUGGGGCUCUCUUCCUCCCCCACCUGCAGCCCUCCCCCCUCCUCCCCCUGCAGCCUUUACCCCCUCCUCCUCCUCCCUGCAGCCCUCCCCCUCCUCCUCCCCCUGCAGCCUUUACCCCCUCCUCCUCCCCCUGCAGCCUUUACCCCCUCCUCCUCCUCUUCUGCUCUCCCUCAUCACCCCUCAGGACCCAGCCCUAAUGCCAGCAUCCCAAGCCUUCCUCGACCCUCAGCAAGGAGGCUCCGGACUGGCUGCGUGGGCCGUGCCCAGGAACUCUGGUUCAGGUCUGCUGCAGGCUUGCUGGCCUCUCCAGCAGUGGCUCUUUGGUGCUGUGGUGCUGUGGCCAGGGAGCCAUGUAGGAAGGCCCACCGCUGUGACCUGUGUCCCUCAGCUUUGUGUACCUGCUUCUCCAGGAUGGGGCCUCUUGAGGGCUGGCCUGAUGGACCACCCUGUUUUCCCUGAGACCCUGCAUAGACCUUGCUGUGGACACUGGACACGGGUGGCUGAACCUGAUAGAACAAAACAUGAAGUGUGAGAUGUUUCUAAAAUCUCCACAUGAGUCGCCCAUAACCCCUGUAAUGGAGGCUAUCUUCUGAUAUUGUGUGCCACACCAGAGCUCCCCUACCCUUGGGAACAAGUGUCAGGGUGCCCUGUGACCCGGCGCUCCUCAGUCCCCCCAUCCAUCCAGGAACAUUUGCCAGAGUGCCCUGUGGCCUGGCGCUCCUGUCCCCCAUCUGUCCAGCUCAUUUUCAUUCCUUUCACUUUGGCCUCCUGUGUCCAUCUCACUCACUGCAGGGCUGGGGUCCCAGGCAGGCCCCACCGUCCUGCUUUCUGAUACAGGGACAUUCCUCCCUUUUUAGGGCCUUGCUCGGUCGUCCAGACGCAGUGGCACGGUCUUGGCUCACUGCAACCUUUGCCUCCCAGUUCAAGUGAUUCUUGUGCCUCAGCCUCCUGAGUAGCUGGGAUUACAGGUGCCUGCCACCACAUCCAGCUAGUUUUUGCGUUUUUUAUACAGAUGGGGUUUCAUCAUGUUGGCCAGGCUGGUCUCAAAACUCACCACAAGGGACCCACCCACCUUGGCUUCCCAAAGUGCUGGGACUGCAGGCGUGAGCCACCAGGCCCUGCUGACAUUCUCCUGUUCAAGCACGUCUGACCCAGCUCAGGCCACAGGGCACAUUAGCCUUCUGACAAAGCUUGAGGACGAGGCCUGUCACAUGCCCCAUCCUCUCCUUGCCCUUCCCGGGCCCCUCCCCCGAGUGCCUCCUUUGAAGCCCUGCCUUCCCCUAUCAUGCCCCAUAAUGCAGCCUCAAGAAACACGAAGAGGGGACCCUUGGGGUGGUCUGGUGAUGCCUGCCUGGUAGACAGCAGAUGGGAGAGAAGGAAAGAAGGCAGGAGGAGGGACAGAGGAAGGGGGAAAGCGAAGCCAGCUCAAGGUGCCCCUCUUGCCCAGGCUUCUGUCAGAUGCUUCCUGGAUCAAAUACUUUGUUACAUUUCCAGCACAAGACAGUGCUGUUACAAACACUAAGAGAAUGAAACAGCAGGAUUUAAAGCAGCACUUUCAGUUAAAAGACAGAAUGGAAGAGAUGACCCAUUUUUAACAGCAACAAGAUAAAAAUCCCUCCACAUAAAAGAAAUAUGAAACCCUAAAUGAGAAGAACUUCAAAUAUACCAUAAAGACACCGAAGUAGGCUUCAAUACCAGAGUUUGAACUAUGCAUCCCCCAAAAGUUCAUGUGUUGGAAACGUGGACUCCAGUGCAGCAGUGUUGGGAUGAGAUUCUGAGAAGGUGGCUGGGUCAUGAGACACUAGUCCAUUCACGGACUAGUGGGUUAUCAGGGAGUGGAGCGGUUAUCACCAGGGGUCUCCCAUGAGCCCCUCACAUGGCGACCGGCACCACCUCGACACUGUGGAGUCCCCGCCAGCAACACGGCCCUCACCAGAGGCAAUGCCCUACCUUGGACUCCCUGCCUCCAGAAUUGCAAUAAAUAAAAUUCUUUUCUUUAUAA